ACAUCAGGAUCCUAUCAGAGUGCCCCCUUACAUCAGAUGUCCCCAUCAGAGUGCCCCCCUUACAUCAGAUGUCCCCAUCAGAGUGCCCCCUUACAUCAGAUGUCCCCAUCAGAGUGCCCCUUACAUCAGAGAUCCCCAUCAGAGUGCCCCCUUACAUCAGAUGUGCCCCCCAUCAGAGUGCCCCCUUACAUCGGAUGUCCCCAUCAGAGUGCCCCCUUACAUCAGAUGUCCCCAUCAGAGUGCCCCCUUACAUCGGAUGUCCCCAUCAGAGUGCCCCCUUACAUCGGAUGUCCCCAUCAGAGUGCCCCCUACAUCAGAUGUCCCCAUCAGAGU